UAUUCGUAGUGUUAUGCAGAAGUACCUGGAGGACAGAGAUGAAGGGACGUUUGAUAAAAUUUUCAAUCAGAAAAUUGGCUUCCUGCUCUUCAAGGACUUCUGUAUGCUUGAGAUCGACGAGGCCGUGCCACUGCUCAAGUUCUAUGAAGAGAUCAAGGACUACGAGAAGCUGGACUCUGAGGAGGAGCGCUUGAGCCGCAGCCGGAAGAUUUACGACACCUACAUCAUGAAGGAGCUGCUUACCAGUUCACAUUCAUUUUCCAGCAAGGCAGUGGGACAUGUGCAAGCUCACUUGGUAAAGAAACGAGUCCCCCCAACGCUCUUCCAGCCAUACAUUGAGGAGAUCUGUGACAGCUUGAGAGGCAAUAUCUUCCAGAAGUUCAUUGAGAGUGACAAAUUUUCCCGUUUUUGCCAAUGGAAGAAUGUGGAACUCAACAUACACCUAACAAUGAAUGAUUUCAGCGUACAUCGAAUCAUUGGCAGGGGUGGCUUUGGGGAAGUGUAUGGCUGCAGGAAGGCUGACACUGGGAAAAUGUAUGCCAUGAAGUGUUUGGACAAGAAGAGGAUCAAGAUGAAGCAGGGGGAGACACUGGCGCUCAACGAGAGAAUCAUGCUGUCCUUAGUCAGUACAGGGGACUGCCCGUUCAUUGUGUGUAUGACGUAUGCCUUCCACACUCCCGACAAACUGUGCUUCAUCCUGGACCUCAUGAACGGGGGAGACCUGCAUUACCACCUCUCUCAGCAUGGCGUGUUCAGUGAAAAAGAAAUGCGUUUCUACGCAACUGAAAUCAUCUUGGGUCUGGAGCAUAUGCACAACCGCUUUGUCGUUUACAGGGACCUUAAGCCUGCUAACAUUCUGUUGGAUGAGCACGGCCAAGUUCGGAUCUCAGACCUCGGCCUGGCCUGCGAUUUCUCCAAAAAGAAGCCCCACGCCAGCGUCGGCACCCAUGGCUACAUGGCUCCAGAGGUCCUUCAGAAGGGGACGGCGUACGACAGCAGUGCAGACUGGUUCUCUUUAGGCUGCAUGCUUUUCAAACUCCUCAGAGGACACAGCCCCUUCCGGCAGCACAAGACCAAAGACAAACAUGAGAUAGACCGCAUGACGCUGACCAUGGAUGUGGAGCUGCCAGACUCUUUCACAGCAGAGCUCAAAGAUCUCUUGGAGGGGCUGCUGCAGAGAGAUGUGUCCAAGCGGCUCGGAUGCCAGGGCCAUGGUGCCUCAGAGGUGAAGGAGCAUCAGUUUUUCAAUGGCAUCGACUGGCAGCAGGUCUACCUACAGAAGUACCGUCCUCCUUUAUACCCGCCCAGGGGAGAAGUGAAUGCUGCAGAUGCUUUCGACAUCGGCUCCUUUGAUGAGGAAGACACCAAGGGCAUCAGGCUGCUGGACAGCGACCAGGAGCUGUACAAGAACUUCCCUCUGGUCAUAUCAGAGCGCUGGCAGCAGGAGGUGGUUGAGACAGUGUAUGAGGCAGUCAACUUGGACACGGACAAGAUUGAGGCUCGCAAGAGGGCCAAGAACAAGCAGCCCGGCCACGAGGAAGACUAUGCUUUGGGGAAGGACUGCAUAAUGCAUGGCUACAUGCUGAAGCUGCGGACCCCGUUCAUGGCCCAGUGGCAUCGCUGCUACUUCUAUCUGUUCCCUAACCGAUUAGAGUGGAGGGCGGAGGGCGAGACACGGCAAAACCUGCUGACGAUGGAGCAGAUCGUAUCAGUGGAGGAGACCUUGAUUAAAGACAAGAAAGGUAUUCUGCUGCGCAGCAAAGCAGGGAAGCAAUUUGUUUUGCAGUGUGAGAGCGAUCCAGAGUUUGUGCAGUGGAAGAAGGAGCUGAACGGGGCGUUGACAGAAGCUCAGAGGUUGCUGCUUCGAGCCCCAAAAGUCAUUGGGAAAAGCCGAACCGGUGUGGUGGAGCUUUCCAAACCUCCCCUCACACACCACGACAGUAAUGGCCUGUAAAAUUUCUAGAAUU